UAUUAUGCUAUAACAGUCAUUAAUCAACAAGGUUCUGAAGAACACACGGAAAUACAGAUGAAUUUGUAUUUACUUUUUGGUGUUUUACAAUGAAGUGUCCAGUAGUUGUAUUUUUGAUUAAAGUGUUAUUGGUUCAUGGGCUUACAAAAGACUUAUGUGAAAAAUGCAUACCAAAAGAGCAAUGUCCAGCAUUUUCAAAUAUGGAUAUACACCAACAAGAGUCAUGGAUGCAGCAGUUUCCUUGCGACGGUCCGAUACAUAACACUACGUCGAUCUUAGGAUUCGCAACUAUUGCUAAAGGAGACAAGGUUUGUUGUCCUAGCUCUCAGGUAUGGGGUGUAAAUCAAUUAAACCAAAAUGCAAAAAUAACAAAGAGAAAUAGUAAUAAUACAGCGCUAGUGCCUGAAUAUCAGCCAUAUAGGAGAAAUCCGUUCUUAUAUGGCAAUCAAAAUUCACCAAAUGAUCAAAAUGGGUUUGGAAAUCCAGGAUAUAAUCCAAAUUAUUAUGGUAAUCAAAAUUAUCCAAAUCAAAAUAUGUACAGGCCUAUAGAUAACCAAAAUCCACGAAACUUACCCGUAAAUCAGAAUAUGUUUGGACAACAACAACCCAAUGGUCGUGGGCAAUUUAAUCCAAAUUUACCAAUAAACCAAGGAGGCUACAGAGGCCAAGAAAAUUUCCCUCGUAAUCCGGGAUACUUAGGAAAUGAUCAAUCUCGCCCUGGUAAUCAGAAUCUUUACGGACCUCAACAAAAUUUUCCAAGAAAUGCAGGCUUUCCAGGCAACCAAAAUAUGUAUGGAGGUCAACAGAACGUCCCGGUGAAUCAAGACUAUCCUGGUAACCAGGGUGGGCCCUUAGGAAGUCAGGAAAAUCCGCCAGAUGGUCAAGGAUUUUUAGGCGGCAAUCAAAAUACCCCAGUUGGUCAAGGAAUUUUAGGUGGCAAUCAAAAUACGCCAGGCGACCAAAAUAUUUACGCAGGACAACAAUACGUCCCUGGACAAAAUAACAUCAACGAUGUACCAAAUCCAGGCAAUGCAAAUGGAGGUCUCCCUAACCAAAAUAUAGGAAAUCAGUUUACUCCUGGUAAUCCAAACAUAUAUAACAAUCAACAAAAUAUAAACAGACCUUCUUAUCCUGGUUCAAAUGUAAUAAGCAAUCCAUGGGCAAAUCAAAAUACGCCUGCAUAUCAAAACAAUCCACAAACAAACAUUCCCAGCCAAGUGCAACCAGGAGUGAUAAGCCCAAGUACACCUGCAUUAAACAAUCAAAAUCCAUACUACCAACCAAAUAUUCCCAGCCAAGUGCAGCCAGGAGUGAUAAACCCAAGUACACCUAAAUUAAAUAAUCAAAAUCCAUACUACCAGCCAAAUAUUCCCAGCCAUGUGCAGCCAGGAGUGAUAAACCCAAGUACACCUAAAUUGAAUAAUCAAAAUCCAUACUACCAGCCAAAUGUUCCACGACAGAAUCAAAAUCAAAAUAACUAUGAAGAUAAUAUAGGAAAUGAAAAUAAUCAAAAGUUAAGCCAAGAAUGCAAGAGAAUGAAGUCGAGUUUUCCACCCAGUCCCGAAACAGGAUGUUGUGGUAAAGAUAUGUCUGAUGCUGAGAGAAUCACAGAUUUGCAGAGCCUUCUCAAUUUAUUUGCACCUUCCGGAAACAACUGGAAUCAAGCUCGGCAACCGCAAGCAAAAAAUUGGCCAAAUUACCAGAGAAGGAAAAGAUCUGUAAAUAAUGUAACAACUCACGGGACACUUGAAAAUAGAAUUGCAGGAGGUAUGGAUACGGAGCUAGACCAAUUUCCCUGGACCGCACUUUUGAAGACGACCUUUGAUUACGGCGACAAGACUGCUGCAUUCAGUUGCGGCGGAUCAUUAAUUAGUCGGAGAUACGUGCUCACCGCCGGCCAUUGUGUCUAUGAACCAAAGGCUAGCAUUAGCGACGUCGAAAUAACGCUAGCUGAAUAUGACAAACGCACGUUUCCAAUAGAUUGUAUCACGGUGUUUGGUGGAGGCAAGGAAUGUGUCAGGAACAUCGUAUUACAUGCUGAAGAUGUUGUACAUCACCCCGAAUACGAUGACGAUCGGCUUCUAAACGAUAUCGCUCUUAUCAGGCUCAAUGCAUUGGCGCCAUAUACGCGAUACAUAAGACCCAUCUGCCUUCCAACCAUCAACAUUGACUUACCAGAGUUCUCCAACUUGCCUCUCGCCGUCACUGGUUGGGGACGUGACGGAAAGUACCUCACCAACAUUAAACAAUCCACUGUCGUACAUUUAAUACCACCAGAGGACUGUAUGAAGUCAUAUCCUCAUCUAACCAAGUCUCACAUCUGUGCUGCCGGUCGUACAGGCGAAGAUACGUGUAAGGGCGACUCAGGAGGUCCUCUCAUGAUGUUGUAUAGAGAUAGUUAUUACGUCAUCGGUGUUGUGAGCGGGAAAAGAGCUGAUACUCCAUGUGGUUCCAAAGUUCCGUCACUUUAUACCAAUGUCUUCCAAUUCGUGGCUUGGAUUCGAAGUACAAUUAGAGAAUAAGCGACUAUUGAAAAUACAUAUUGUAUUUUAUGUAUAUUUUAGUGAUUAGUCAAUCAACUACCUCACGAGUCAGGUUCUAUAAUAUUAGUUAAGUAUUAGCAUGAUCUAAAAAUUAGUAAAUUUCACGACCUGUGUUCACGACGAAUUAUAAAACUCAUAAAAACGUUGCAAUACCUAACUUGUUUUUUAACCACUAAUGUUUGACCCAAAAUUAAAUUAUGUAAUUUAUUUUUAAUAACACUAAUUUAUAGAGCAAUUUAUGAGGAUUAGAGAAAGAUUUAGAGAAUUUUUAUGAGACAAAAUGAAUAAAAUUUUAUCAACUAAGUAGUAUCUGUAUUAUUUUGUAUGCAUAGCUGCGAUGUAGAUCAAAUAAUUCAAUUCAAAUGCUACCUGAAUAAAAUAUUAUUAUUUACUCUCAUG